UUUCUUAUAUACGUAUGCACACAAACCCAUCGGCAUUCUUUCUUGAAUUUAUCGAGCACUCAUAAAAACACAUUUCAAAGAUAACAUGGCGGUGUGCUAUCUCUAGUGUUUAACAUUAUAAUAAUCCCAUUGAACAGUUCUCUCUGCAACUAUAAUUUUUCUCUCUCUCUCUUCAACUGCCCAUCAUAUUAUACUAGUCCAGUAUUUCCUCGAAGUUGCCCAGCCAAAAACCGUUGGCUACCAAUAAAAUGACAUCAUCUCAGAAAACGGAAAAAUGCGACAACGAAGAAAGCUUGCAAAUUCUUGAGAAAACAAAUACCGGUACAAUGUAUAAUACAGUUCACAGCGAUGAUCUUCUUAAAAUGGGAAGAUAUUCAAUUUUACUAUGUAUUUUUGUAGAAGUCGCCAUGUUAUCACAAUUAUCAAAUACCAUGCUUAUGGUUUAUGCAGGAGCGGCUCCAACUAUAAAAUCGUGUGGCAAUAUGACAUUUUCUUCAAACGAAGAAGCAUGUUUACAUUACAGUUACUGUAAAGAGCAGAAAGAAAUGACUUUCGAAAGACAAUUUUAUGGAAUUACCGAACAGUUCAAAUUGUUGUGUGAGGAUGCAAAACUGGAAAAGUUGGGAACAUCGAUACAAAUGCUCGGAGUUAUGUUGGGAUGUGUUGUGUUUGGACAAAUCGGGGAUCAAUAUGGUAGAAAAACACCAAUGAUGUUUUGUCUCUGCAUGUGUUUCAUUUUUGGGAUAAUGUCAGCGUUGUCAGCUGAUUUCAAAAAGUUUACAAUUUUUCGAACAAUUCUUUGUUUUUUCAAUGGUGGACAGAGCACAAUCUCAGUUGUGUAUAUGAUAGAAAACAUUCCAAAACGCACAAGAGGCUAUAUUUCUACAUUAAUUAGUUAUUCUCCAAAUGUGAUUCUCCUGGGAAUUCUUGCAUUCUUCUUCCAACAAUGGGAUCGAUUGGCUUUAGUUAUCUCAUUUCUGACAGUUCCAGCAAUUAUAAUGUUGGCUUUUCUCCACGAAAGUCCUCGAUGGUUGAUGCAAAAAGGACAAAUUUCUCAUGCUAAAAAGGUGUUUCUCGCCAUUGAAAAAUUCGAUGGAGUUCCUGCAGCAAAAUCAUUGAAUGAAACUGAACUUGAAAACUUUUUGGAAAAUGAACAUGACAAACAAGUUGCUGAUGGAAAUACAGAAGUUGGAAAACAACAUUCAUUUUGGCAUCUUUUCAAAACGAAAGAAAUCAUGACGGGUACUUUUGUCAUUGCAUUUACAUUUUUUGCAACUACAUUAAUUAAUUAUUCAAUUAUGUUCAAUCUGGGAGCUGUCGCUGGUUCAAUAUACAUGAACUCUAUUCUCAUUGGACUUCUACGUUACUCAUUCAGCUUGUUCAGUGGACUCUUGGAUUACAAAUUUGAGAAAUUUGACAGAAAAAUGUGUCAUGGAAUUUGUAGCGUGGUUACUAUUUCCAUAAUUGUUGCAAUUAUUGCAUUUUGUUUAACCGAUACAACUGCAACAUUUUCUGUGCUGAUCAGAAUAGGAGUAUUGUUAUCGUGUGCUAUGACUUCUCAAGCAAUUAUUGUUGCAAGUAUUGCUUCAAAUGAGUUGAUGCCAACUGCAAUUCGAUCAAUUUCAUAUUCAACUGCUCAGCUUUGCUCAAGAUUUGGAAUUGUUUUUGCUCCCCAUGUGUUCCACUUGAACUUGUACACUGGUAUUGACUUUCCAGUUUUGCCAUACGCCAUACUUUUAGCCAUCGGAUUGGCUGAUUUCAUAUUUUUCAGAUUUUUGAUUCCUGAAACAAAAAACAAGCCUCUUGAGGAUUUUAUUGUCAAUAGAACAAAGACUAUCGGGAACGAUGAAGAGGAAGAAGAUCGAGUUUAGAUGCAUAUUAUAAUUGAAAAAAAAACAAUACAAAUAAAACUUUUAUUAAAA